AUCAUUGGGAAUAGAUUGGACCCCUGUUCCAGUGCAAGGGUAAUGAAUGGUGGAAAAAUCUUUUUUUUUUAGUAUUAUCAUAGAGGUUUCUUCUAAGCUUGAGAUGUAUAUAUAUACCACUGCUUGCAAGAAAUUUUGUCUUGGAUUUUCCACAGCCACCUGUGGGACAAUCAGACAUUGUCUCUCUCCUGUUGAAGACCUGUCAGUGGGAUCCUGCAACAGAUGGAAUCAUGCAACCCAACAAAAGACCUGUUCUUUAAUCUUAAUCUGCAUUUCUAUGGGUGGGAACCCACUUGUAAAUAGAACCUUUUGAAGUUGUCAUUAUUUGUUAAGGUGUAACCAAAUUGAAUCAGGGUAGAUCUUACUCCAUAUUACUGAAGGGAGGCUUUAUAAAGAGAGGAAAUUCAGAUGCAGUGAGUUUGUAGAAACCAGAAACCUGGAGAAGCCAGAAGAUAUAGAAGUCAGAAGUUAAAGAGAGCAACAAGAGGAGACCAAGGACCAAGUGAUGGAGACAGGAACCCCAAGGACUGAAACAUCAUCACCAGGACACUACAGACUCAGAGAAAGCAGAGCCUUGCCGACACCUCAAUUUGGGACUUCUCAUCUCUGAAACCAUGAACCAAAAAAUGCUUGUUGUUUAAGCCAGCCCACUGUGUGGUGUUUGUCAUAAAAGCUCUGGUGAAGUAAGACAGUUCCUGUGACCGACGGAAUAAAAUUGAAGCUCCUACACUCAGCGCCCAAGAUCUGCUGUGAUCUGUUCCCAGGAUGCCUUUCUGGACACAUUUACCAUUUCCUUUUUUUUUGUAAUAUCCAAUUACAUAUAAUUCUCUCACAUGUUACAUUGACAUCUCUGUACUUGGGCUCAUGCUCUUUACUUCACAUGUAAAAGGGAGUAAAGACCAUUUUACUCCACUGCCUUUAGUUGCCUGGAAAAAUCAAGUAUUUACCCAGGACUCUGUUUAGGUAUCACUGCAGAAAGACAGCUUUCAUUGAACCCCAUGAUUGUCCUAAAUGUCCUCAGUCUGUACUCUCAUAGCACUGUAUGAGUUUCUCUAUUUAUUACUUUUUAUUUAGUAUUUAAAUGAUCUGGUUGUUUGACUUUCCUAUUAAAAAUCCAAUUUGAGAAAGGCUGGCUCAGAACAUAGUUACCUUGUAUCAUGGUUGCGUACGUCAAUACUUGCAUGCAGUAUGUAAUUUUUUUGUGGUUGGUUAUCUGCUGAGGCCGUAGUCACUGAACCUGGGUCUUUUAUCUCAGAAGUUGAAGGUUUCCCUAGAGCCACCUGCAAAGUUCCCAGAGCACUAACAACAUCACAGUCAAUUAAGCACAGAGCAGGCUGCCCUGUGCCUGCACCCCAAACCCAAAGUCCAGGGCGUGGAGCUGAGCCGGAGCAGAACAAUGGAAACUGCCCAGGGCAGAUGCUUGCUUCUCUUUUUUCUCCUCACAUGGGGGCUGCCCCCAGAAAUUGCUGCAGAAGGUGAAGCAUCCUCAGAUGGUUCCAGUGCUGCCCAGGAACCUGUGCAGCUCACAGAUGUCUCAGCUGUUGUGGAAUUCAUUGCUGCUGCUGAGGUGGCUGUGAUAGGCUUCUUCCAGGAUUUAGAAACUCCAGCAGUGUCUGUAUUUCACAGCAUUGUGCAGGAAUUCCAAGAUGUGUCAUUUGGAGUCAGCACCAGUUCUGAGGUUCUGACACACUACAACAUCACAGGAAACACCAUUUCCCUCUUUCGCCUGGUGGAUAAUCAACAACUGAAUUUAGAGGAAGACGUUGAAAACAUUGAUGCCACCAAAUUAAGCCGGUUCAUUAAGAUCCACAGCCUCCGCUUGGUGACAGAGUACAACUCUCUGACAGUGACUGGCCUAUUCAACAGCUUGAUUCAAAUUCAUCUUCUCCUGAUAAUGGAUAAGGCUUCCCUGGAAUAUGAAGAAAGCAUGCACAGAUACCGGAAGGCAGCUAAGCUCUUCCAAGGGAAGAUUCUUUUCAUUCUGGUAGACAGCGGUCUGAAAGAAAAUGGGAAGUUGAUAUCAUUUUUCAAACUACAGAAGUCUCAGCUGCCAGCUUUGGCUAUUUAUCGCACUAUAGAUGAGGAGUGGGAUACGUUGCCCAUAGCAGAGAUUUCAGUAGAGCUUGUGCAAAACUUCUGUGAUGGAUUCCUAAAUGGAAAGCGACUGAGAGAAAAUCAUGAACCAGAAGAAAAGCCUCCAAAGGUGGAACUUUGAUUUCUCC